UUCAAGCGCGGCCCCGAGUCCCAAUCGUGCGCUCAGUCAAGCUCGCUCCCGAGUUCCUCAGAGCGCAAAACACGCACAGGAAUGGCUGCGGCACGAGACCGGGAUUUAAUGUAAUAAUUCAACAUUUCCCGUUAAUUCUCAUGGUCUGCGAUUUGGGGGGAGUAUUCAGAGAUCUUUUUAUGUCCCCUUCAGCACUUUUGUUUGAGUACUCAGUGUCUCUGAUGUCUAAAUCCAUGGCUUUUGUUUGAGAAGACAACGGAGAGUAACCGGGAAAGAAACACCCAAGUAACGUUAGUCCGACUGUCUCUAUCUGGGAAAGUGAUUUCUUCGUCUCGUGGACUGCUGAAGGAUGUCGUCUGCAAGUGUUGAUUAUAUCGCUCCGUGGUGGACUUACUGGCUUCAUCAGUUUCCUCAUGUGAAUCUAAGGUUUCAGCCGUUGGAUCACACGUUUAAACCGCAAGAUGAAAACUACCAGCAGUCGCUCAUCUUCCUGGGCUGUGUAGCAGCAGCUGGGCUCGGUGUGAACCUGCUGUGUCUGGCCAUCUACCUGAGCUGCCUGUGCUGCUGUCGGAAGGAUGAGGAGGAAGAGGAAAGUAAGAAAUCCAACUCUUGCUGUGUCACUUGGACUGCUGUUGCUGCCGGACUCAUCUGCUGUGUUGCCGUGGGAGUUGGUUUCUAUGGAAACAGUGAAACCAAUGAUGGGGUGUACCAGCUGACCUAUUCUCUCUAUAAUGCUAAUCACACGCUGGCGGGAGUGGACAGUUUGGUCACUGGUACUGUGGGAGGCAUGCAGAGUGGCCUGAACGAGCAUUUGUCUCGACUGGGUGAGAUCUUUGCAACUCGAGGAGACUUUGUGCAGACACUGCAGUUCAUGCAACAGAUGUCAGAAAACAUCAUGAAGCAGUUGCUUGGACUUCCUGACUGGGAAAAGGCGAAAGUAGACCUGGCCGCCAUAGCUGAUCAGACAGCAUAUGUGGAAUAUUACAGGUGGUUGACAUACCUCUUGAUUCUGAUCUUGGAUCUGGUCAUCUGUCUUGCUGCUUGUCUGGGUCUGGCCAAACAAUCCCGCUGGCUGCUCACUACGAUGAUGGUCUGCGGUGUUCUGACUCUGAUAUUGAGUUGGGCGUCUCUCGGAGCUGAUGUGGCCACUGCAGUGGGCACAAGUGAUUUCUGUGUUGCUCCAGACAAAUUUCUGAUGAACCAAACAAAAGAUGUGAUCAGCUCAGAUAUUGUGCAUUAUUACCUGUACUGCAGUCAGACGCUCCCCAACCCGUUUCAGCAGUUUGUUUUGCAGUCCCUGACUGUCUUCCAGAGAUCCCUGACCACCAUGCAGAUCCAGAUCCAAGGUCUCCUGCAGUUUGCAGUGCCUCUGUUCCCCACAGCUGAGAGAGAUUUACUGAGUAUUCAGCAUUUAUUGAAUAAUUCAGAGGCCAGUCUACAUCAGCUAACUGCACUUCUAGACUGCCGAGGACUCAAUAAGGACUACCUGGAUGCUCUGAUAGGUGUGUGUUAUGACGGCGUGGAGGGGUUACUGUAUCUCGCUCUGUUCUCUCUCCUGGCUGCCUGUGCCUUCUCUGUCAUGCUGUGUGCCAUCCCGAGAGCGUGGCGACAGAUUGCCAACAGAGAUAGAGAUUAUGAUGACAUUGAUGAAGGGGACCCAUUUAACCCUCAGACCCGGCGAAUGAUGUCCCACCAUUCAGAGCAGGGCAACAUGCACAGCUUCUGCAGCUACAGUAGCAGCAUGGGCAGCCAGACCAGCCUGCACCCUCCAACACAGACUGUGACCAACGCACCCCCGAACCAGUCUGCGCUGUUUGGAGGAAACCCGCGCUAUGAGAACGUGCCUCUGAUCGGGAGGGGAUCUCCUCCUCCUUCGCUUUACUCUCAGCCAUAUAGAAACCGCUACUCUCCAACCAUGAGAGCCACCUACCUCUCCAUGACCGAAGACCAGAUCAGACACUUCGGGGGGGAUUUCCGAGCGUAGACCUGAUCUGUUGUCCUCUGGUGUGAGACUUCACAUGCUGGACAUAAGGAAAACUCUCACGAAAGCAUGCGUGCACCCCCAUCUCAAAGGAGCACAGUCUGAAAGUUGAACACCAUUCUAAGAGCACUCAGUGUGUGUCCGUCAAUUAUUCUAAUGGUGCAAUGCUUCUUUUCCAUCACUACUGACAGAUUUUUUUUGUGAGGUGCUGAAAUAUCCUCUCCCUAAUAAUCUGUUUUAUUUGUAUUUUUACACCGUAUUUUUCAUCAAACAGACUGUUGGUCUUUCUUCUCUAUUGCCUUUUCAACUGCAGAAACUGUUCGACGUGGGUAACCACAAUUAUUUUGGACCCACUUUAUAUUAAAUGUCUUUUAACUACUACAGUACGUACUAACAUUUAAAGUGACGUGACAUUCAGCCAAGUAUGGUGACCCAUACUCAGAAUUCAUGCUCUGCAUUUAACCCAUCCAAAGUGCACACA